AUGGAGCAUGGCGCCUGCAAUGUCGUAUACAUUGACCGUCGCGCCAACGACGAACACGUGCGACGGGAAACGCUGUCCAGCUCACUCGUUGCGCGGACCUCGACAGGCAACGUGCCCCAGGGCUACUUCCCCGGCUCUGCGAAAACACCCCCGCCCGAAGUCCACACCAAUGUCGAGAGUAUUCUCUCUACGUUCAAUGAAGUCCAUGUGUGCGGUUCCGGCGGAUCAUGUCUUGCCAAGAUAGCGCAGCUCCUCGAAUCCAACAAAGACAAUGUCCCUACAAUCGUGCUCAUAGACCUUCCCUAUGACGAAGAGCAACGGCUUAAGCGGCUAUCGCGCGAGCCGAGAACGCCAUCGCCCACAGCCACACGUCUUAUUCGAAUAGAUACGGGCGAGCCCGACGAUAUCUACGGAAUGCAUCUGCUCACCCACAUAUCCUCCGAAAUUGCUUCGAAGAACUUCUCCAAGCUGGUCAUUCCUGUGGUGAUACUCAGCGGGCUGGAUCGCGACUGGGCUUCGAAUACGUUGCCCUCCCCCACAGUCCAUGGAUCGCAGGUACUCACUGAUACUGUUCGUCUGGUCCGAUACCUUGAUGCCGGUGCCGUGGAUGUGUUAUCGAGUCCGCUAUCGAAAGACGGCGUACACGGUCUUGUGAUACACGCCUACCGGGUGCACAAAGAGGUUGCGCGAGAAGAGGCUAGUUUCCUGACGACCAAGAGGAACAGGAAGCUAAGCUGGGUUGGUGUUAAUGAUCAAAAACCGUAUGCGUAUCUGCGCGAGGCUAUGGUUUCGAACUUGAUGGGCGGCAUUUGCAACCCGGAAACAAUUGGCGAGUCUCUGGAAUCAAGGGACAUCUUCGUUGACGAGGAGCGAAAAGAAGUCAUCGCAAAAGCGGUCGGCACCUGGGCGUUUUCUGCGCAUGACUUCACCGAUGAUGAGCUCCUAUUUGGUGCUUUGCUCAUGCUAAAACACGCACUAAAAAUGCCUGAAGUAGAAGAAUGGGGCAUGACUGAUGAUGAACUUACAAUAUUCUUGCUUGCCAGUCGCACAGCGUACAACGAAUUCGUCCUCUAUCACAAUUUCCGCCAUGUCGUCGACGUCCUUCAGGCUCUAUUUCACUUUCUUGUACAAAUAGGCACACUACCUUGGUAUCCGGUUGACAAACCGCGAGCCCAGGCUGCGCCGGAUUCGCCGAUCGCGCAGCUGCUCAAGCCGUUCGACGCACUCACACUUUUAGUGUCUGCCAUCGGACACGAUGUUGGGCACCCCGGCGUCAAUAACGCUUUCUUGGUCGCACUCAAUGCUCCCUUGGCGCAGCUCUACAACGACCGUUCCGUUCUCGAAUCAUUCCACUGUGCUGCAUAUUCGCAGCUCUUGCGCCGCUACUGGCCCAGAGCCUUCUCUGAUGCCGCUAUGAGGAAAUUAAUGAUCAAUAGUAUUCUUGCCACAGACAUGGGAUUGCACUUUAAGUACAUGAGUGAUCUGGGUCACCUACAAGAGAAACUCGGACACGAUAAAGGCAUGAUCGACGGUUGGAACGUCAAACUUCGCGAAGAAAACAAGGAUCUGGCCUGUGGUGUAUUGAUCAAAUGCGCCGAUAUCAGUAACGUGGCGCGCAAAUUCCAAACAGCCGCUCGGUGGGCAAACAUCCUCACCGACGAAUUCAGUAAUCAAGGCGUCAUGGAAGAAGAGCUCGAGAUACCAUCUUGCUUGUUUGGUGGACCGCCGGUACGCGACGACAUAAUCAAGCUUGGGGAAUCGCAAAUCGGAUUUAUGAACAUCUUCGCAAGACCUCUUUUUGAGGCUGUUGCAGAUAUUUUGCCUGCAAUGCGCUACGCUGUCGACGAGAUCCUGGAGAACAAGGCCAUUUGGGAGAAGAAGAUAAGUGAUGAGAAAAACAAGGCGAAAAAGCCAGUCUUCUCAUUGGGGCUCCUCAGUCCUUCUUUCACUGCCGAUCCAACGCCAAGUCCUUUCUCGGGCGGUCCUCUAGGCUCGAAACCACCUCCCCCAACUACGCUGCCGACGUCCCAGCUUGGUCACACGGUACAGAGCUCGACGUGGGUAGUUGACUCAGAUGAAGGAGGUCGUCGUGGUUCCGGUGGUUCUUUUCACGGCGUAUUGACCAGCUCGCGACAGUCAUCUGGUGUCGACAAGGGCUCACAACGUUCUUCUGGUGCUGGCCUUGCUGGUGUUCGUUCCCGGGAGAACCAAAGUCAAUCGCGGCGAGGGAGCGGUGAUGCGAGCUUGACAGCCAUCCUAGUAACCCAGAAAUCGGGCGCAGGAGAUACACCUGACAACGAAGAUGACCAGCAUCCUUCCCGUACGUCGCCCUCUCCAUCGGGACACCGCAAGGAUACAAUGUCGCCAAAGAAAGAAAAGGAUACACGGCCAGUCACGGCGCCCUCAUCGGCAAGACGCAAUCAGGGUAAGAUUCCAAGCCCACAAGACACCCUAUUCUACCUUUCUUCCCGGCCUUUAGGCACUGGUCCUGACUUUGACUCAGCAACAAACAUGUUUCCCGUUCCGCACUCUUCAUCGCAAAGUCACUCUGAGGUAGAUCUCUCCGCUACCGCAAACGGAAAUUACGAUGGCUCAAAGAUGCAGACAUGGGAGUCCAACAAGCUCAGCAACGACAGCACUAUGUCCAGAUCUGACGCUUCACGUGACAUACACCGACGAAGCGAAUGGUGGCGACCCGCCCGAAAACAGCGCGACCAUCGAAAUGGUGGCCUUGAAACGCCAAACCAGCAGCAAAACGCGAUGCUGGACCCUACCGCCACAAACACAACAUUGGAUCCGAAUUGCCCUAUAGCGACUAGUCCAGGUCGGACGAGUCGGACCGGAAAGCUGAAGAGCUUCUUCAGGCGCAAGUCCGGGAGAGCGGCCGAUUCAGAGAAACAGCUUUCGAGUCAUGGAAGCUCCUCUCAAUUACCGACCAGUGAUCCUGGACGAUCAGUCAACAGCGAUGAAUGA